CUUAAGUACGGGCGUAGAACACAGUGUUUGCUAACAUAUUCGUUUUUCGAUGUUAGCUUAAAAAAGCACUUUGGCUUGUGCUCUUUUGCCCGUUUGCUUCUCUAGACCUUCCGUAAAAAGCACUCAACAAAAGGCAAUGCGAAGGGUAUUCGCCGGUCGAAGCCACCUCCGAAACAGCCCUUGUUGUGAUUUUGCGACAACGUAGCCGCAUUUGACUUCCACACAUCCCACAUCCACGCUGGCUAUGGAACACUGACCAUGCCCAUAAUUGAAUUAGCGGCCCUGAUUAAUUGACGGUCCCACGAUGCAGCAGCAAACCCGAAACACCGGCUAUAAAUGCACCCUCAUCUGCGCGGGACUCCUCCUCCUGCUGUCCACCGGCGGUGUCAGCGGCCAGAAGCAGUAUUCGAAGGCAAGAAAGUUGGAACUGAGGGAGGAUGUGCGCCGCAUGUUCCAGCACGCCUACGAUGGUUACUUGCGCCACGCCUCCAACUACGAUGAGCUCCGUCCCCUGACCUGCGACGGCCACGACACUUGGGGCAGCUACUCCCUGACCCUGAUCGACGCCCUGGACACGCUGGCCACAAUGGGUAAUUUCACGGAAUUCCGGCGCGCGGCCCGACUGCUCGAGGAGAAGAUGGAUUUCGACCGGGACAUCAACGUGUCCGUGUUCGAGACGAACAUCCGCAUCGUGGGCGGACUGCUGUCCGCGCAUCUGCUCUCCAAGCGGGCUGGCGUAGAGCUAGAGCAAGGAUGGCCCUGCAAGGGACCUCUGCUCCGACUGGCGGAGGAUGUGGCCCGACGUUUGCUGCCAGCCUUUGUCACGAACACGGGGAUGCCCUAUGGCACGGUCAACCUGCGCUAUGGCGUGCCCAAGGGGGAGACCUCCGUAACGUGUACUGCCGGCGUGGGGACAUUCCUUAUCGAAUUUGGCACCCUGAGCCGGUUAACCGGGAACAGCAUUUACGAGGAGGUUGCUAUGCAGGCGGUGCAUGCUCUAUGGGCAUAUCGCUCGCCCAUUGGGCUCUUUGGCAAUCACAUCGACGUGCAGAGCGGUCGUUGGACCGCCUUAGACUCUGGAAUCGGAGCAGGCGUGGAUUCGCUUUUUGAAUACCUGGUAAAGGCAUCUGUCCUGCUCAAUAGGCCGGAACUAUUGGAGCUAUUUCACGAGGCUCGUGCGGCUAUUGAUAAGUACAUGCGCAAGGAGGACUGGUACGUGUGGGUAGGCAUGAACAAAGGCCACGUCACCCUUCCCGUCUUUCAGUCCCUGGAGGCGUUUUGGCCCGGCAUCCUGAGCAUAAUUGGCGACACGGAGCCGGCCUUGCGCACCAUCUCAAGGUACAUUGGCGUCUGGAAGAAGUACGGCUUCCUGCCAGAGUUUUAUAACAUCGCUGCUGGAGAGGCAUCGCCGAAUCGGGAGGUGUACCCCCUGCGACCGGAGCUGAUCGAGUCAGCUAUGUAUCUCUACCGAGCCACAGGCAAUGAGUAUCUCCUGGAGUUUGGUGAGCACAUGCUAGAGACCUUGGAGUUCAGUGCUAAAACCAAAUGCGGAUAUGCAACGAUUCGCAAUGUUGUCACCCAUGAAAAGGAGAAUCGCAUGGAGUCAUUCUUCCUGGCGGAAACAAGCAAGUAUCUUUAUCUGCUGUUUGACGAGGAAAACUUCCUGCACAACGAUGGGUCUGGGGGCGAGCUGCUGUCCACCGAGGAUGAUGUGUGCGUGGUUCAGGCUGGGGCUUACAUAUUCAACACCGAGGCUCAUCCCAUGGACAUGUCAGCCCUCCACUGUUGCCACGCCCACAACGAGGACAUUUACACCUCCCUGGAUCUACAGCGCUUUAGUCCACGGGCAAUAUUGGAGAGGAGCAAAAAGCGUCAGGUAGCUGCUCAGGAACAGUGGGUGCCCCAGUGUCACGCAGAGAACCACGACUUUUAUAACAAGGAGCAGGAGAAUGAGCAGGCGCAGGAAUCUGGAAAAGAGCAGGGACGCGACCAAUCCGGCACAAGCACUACUAUGGCCGUAGAUAUCGAGGUGUUCGACGAGUUUCAACAGCCCGCCGGCGAUCUGCUGGUGAGCAACUUCGAGCAGAUACGCGAGGAGCGGGAGCUAAACGAGAGUCUGCACAGAAACGUGGUGGCACGAAACCAGUUGACCGUCAGCGAUCUGGAUGAAUUCUUUGCGCAGCGACGGGAGAAUUUUGCAAGCUCCUCCGAAGCGCUUAACUAUGUAAGGACCUUCAUGGCCAACUAUACCAUGGAUGUGGCCUUUAUACGGGGCCUGCAAAUGUACGAUACUAAUAUGAGUAGUGUACUGGGCAUAGGUGCCCAGAAAGAGUAUGAGUCUCGAAUGAGGUCCCUUUGGCAGCUGUACGAACUGGAGCAGCAAUAUGCGGCCAACAUCCGACUGAUUCAAGGAUUGGGCUUGCUAACAUUCCAGGCGGACAGUGCCCGGAUACCCAGUCAUUUGACUGAGGUGCUGGACAGCCUGGAUAAGUCGGCUCACUUGGAGCAUAUGAAUCCGCAAGAUCUUGAAACUAAUGUGUCCAAUGCCUCCUCGCCCCAGUUGGCUAAUAUACGAGAGGUUAUUCUGAAAGCACGUAAUGCUUAUGCCAUAGCCAUGGUCAAUACUACGGCCAUGCAGGAAUUCGCUAUCCGAAUCUACCUCAGUGGCACUUCGGAGGCCGGCGUACGCAUUCACCCACUGUUGGAAGCCGCCGAACUAAGUCAGGAAGCACGGAAAAGGCCACUUAAGUUGGCGGAGGAGCGAGCCCUCUUCAGCUACGCCCGUCGAAUAGUGGACUUUCGGAAACGAAUGGCGGAGACAGUGGACCGAUUGCAGACGCUCAUGCAGGACAUUCCGCCACCCAAGAAGACAGAAGCCACUGCGGACUCUCAGACCCCCAAAGCAGAUGCGUCCACAGUUUACGCUCAAACCCAAGCCCAGAUAGCGGCGAAGGCACAGCAGCAGGAGCCGAGCCAGGAAGCGAAGCAGUCGACACAAAUUCAAAAAGGAAAGCUUGCCGAAAACGGCUCUGGAUUGGUACAAGAGGAGUCGGGCUCCGUGUGGUCGCAGUUUGUGCAGACCAUCCUGCGGAAGACCACCGUGCAGCGGGUCAAGUUUGACGAGGCCGUGCUGCUGGAAAAGACGCGCAAGGCACUGGAGAAGCACGCCCACAAGGAGUUGCCCCACCAUCUGUUCGCCUGCCACCGGCCGGAGUACAUUGAGGGAUUCGCUUAUCGGGACUUUUAUCCGGAAGCACUGUAGCUUUGCAAGCACCUCACUAAAGCUAAACACGACUGAUCUGUAGAUAUGUAUUUAGUUACUUAGGGGUAUUCGCUCUGGUGACUGGGCAACCGUAUAUGUAUGUAGAUAAGUCUUACGCGGAUUUUAUUUUAUUUUCAAUUGCACUACUUCCGAUGAUUUCUAGGUCACAAUCAUUGGCCAUUGAAAAAUGGGUCUUGCAACAAAUUUACCUCAAUUCACUUGGAGAACCAUCAUCUCAUACGGUUCUCUAGAAUGUUACCGAUCAUGAUAUUUGUAGUGCUGGACAUAACUCUUAGUUUUUUUUUUUACGAUUUACAACUGGACUUGCAUUUUUGUUUGAAUUGUAGUCUAAAUACAAAUACCAUACCAUACCAGCAUACCAUUCUCUGUGAGUUAAACUUCUUGAACAAUCAUGUUAUUCCAAAUCUUAGCAGCGAUGUGUAAUAGCUUAGUUAGCAUAGGACUACCUAAGAGUACCCACCUCAGAAAUUAAAGUUUACGAUCAAGUGCGAAUACCCCUCUAGCGUGCCAAAGCUCAAGUGGUUCUACUUGUGCCCGGCAAUUAAUUUAUUUAGCAUAUAAACCGACAACUUUUUGAGGUUUUCUCAAUACAUUACCAAGGCUUAAAGAAAUUUAUAUACUAUAAUAAUCGUAUUUAUGGUUCGACUGUUUGUGUGCGUGUAAACUAUUUGCGAUGACUGUUGACUGUUGUUGGCUGUAUUGUAAUUAAAUUGAUUUAUUUCCGUA